GCCGCCGGUGACGGGGAGAGAUGCCCGGGGUCGUGCCGAGCGAGAGCCAGGGCCCGGCGGCCCGGGGGAGCCCCAAGAAGAGCCGCCUGUCCCUCAAGUUCUUCCAGAAGAAGGAGACGAAGCGCGCCCUGGACUUCGCGGACUCGCAGGACGACGAGGAGCGCGACGGGGACGCGGCGGGGCCGGACGUGGACCAGGUGGUGCCGGCGGCGGCCGCUCAGCCCUCGCCCCUCGGCUGCGAGAAGCGGGAGAACCUGCUGCCCUUCGUGGGGCUCAACAACCUGGGCAACACCUGCUACCUGAACAGCGUCCUGCAGGUGCUCUACUUUUGUCCGGGCUUUAAAACUGGAGUGAAACACUUGUUUAAUGCCAUUACGAGGAAGAAGGAAACCCUGAAGGAUGAAGCCAGUCAAAAGGCGGACAAGGGAAAUUGCAAAGAAGACAACCUGGCAAGCUAUGAAUUAAUAUGCAGCUUACAGUCUUUAAUAAUUUCAGUUGAACAACUUCAGGCCAAUUUUCUUUUGAAUCCAGAGAAAUACACAGAUGAACUUGCUACUCAGCCGAGGCGUCUACUGAACACUCUGAGGGAACUGAAUCCCAUGUACGAAGGCUACCUGCAGCACGAUGCUCAGGAGGUGCUGCAGUGCAUCUUGGGAAACAUCCAGGAGACGUGCCAGCUCUUGAAGAAGGAAGAGCUAAGAACCUCCCCAGCAGAGGUGUCACCUCCCCCGCUGGAGGAGAAGCCUCUUCCUCCCAGAGAAGGCAGUGAAACGAAUACCAAUGAGGACGACGGGGAAGGGAAAGACAGAUUCCCAAAGGGAAACGGGAAAAGGAAAAGUGACAGUGAAGCGGGGAAUCCCAGGAAGAAGUCUAAGCUAUCUAAGGAGCCGGCAGCGUCUGAAGGGAACCAGAGGCAGACCCGGUCCAAGAGAAAAGCCACUGGGGAUGCUCGCUUUGAAAGUUCUCCCGAAACAAUGCCCAAAGGGGCUGCUGAUGGAGACGGCGCCCGGCAGAGCCACAAGAAAUCAAGACUCAAAUUGAAUUGGCUAAAGCCCACUGCCAAACAGCCCAGCAUCCUUUCCAAGUUCUGCAGUCUGGGGAAGAUCACCACACACUCGGGACCCAAAGGGCCUUCGAAAGAAACCGACAGUGAAUGUGAGGAGGACCUGAAAGGGGAGACCAGGGGCGCCUUAAAAGACAACCCUGGGGAACCUGCACCCCCAGGGAAGAGUGUGGAGGAGAAAGAAAUGCAGUCUUUGAGAAACAAAGGGAUGGAACAAGUUUGUUUUGAGUUGGUGGAGAAAUUAUUCCAAGGCCAGCUGGUGUUGAGAACUCGGUGCUUGGAGUGUGAAAGUUUAACAGAGAGGAGAGAAGAUUUCCAAGACAUCAGCGUCCCAGUCCAAGAGGAGGAGUUUUCCAAAGUGCAGGAGAGUUCAGAGAUUUCUCCAGAGCCCAAGACCGAGCUGAAGAGCCUGAAGUGGGCCAUCUCGCAGUUCGCCUCUGUGGAGCGGAUUGUGGGAGAGGACAAAUACUUCUGCGAAAACUGCCAUCAUUACACGGAGGCGGAAAGAAGCCUCCUUUUCGACAAGAUGCCUGAGGUGAUAACCAUCCACCUGAAGUGCUUUGCUGCCACUGGCUUGGAGUUUGAUUGUUAUGGUGGAGGACUGUCCAAGAUCAACACGCCUCUGCUGACGCCCCUGAAGUUGUCCCUGGAGGAGUGGAGCACCAAGCCAACCAGUGACAGCUAUGGACUGUUCGCGGUGGUCAUGCACAGCGGCAUCACCAUCAGCAGUGGGCACUACACUGCUUCCGUUAAAGUCACCGACCUGAACAGUCUGGAACUCGAUACGGAGAAUUUUGUGGUGGACCAAAUGUAUGAGACGGGUAAGCCCGACCCCCUGAACGAGCAGGAUGCCAAGGCUCUCGCCGAAGAGCACGACGAUGACGUGUCCUUCCGAGUCAAUGGCAGCGCACAGCCCGGCAAGGUCCAGAGCAAAAAAAACGUGGAAGCCGUCGGGCUUCUCGGGGGACAGAAGAGCAGGCUGGACUACGAGUUGUGCAGCGGCCACCGAGCGUCCAGCUCGGAGAAGGUCAUCGGGGCAUUGGCCGAAAACAGAGGCCCCGAGUCCGGCGGCACCAACGGGACCCAGGAGCCGGACAGAACCAAGGAGCCCGGUGGCCAGGUGGACGCUAACCUGCACGGACUGGAGAGCAAAGUGUCCGAUGUGAUGCAGAGCUUGAAAGAGUACGAGGGGAAGUGGCUGCUCUUUGACGACUCGGAAGUGAAGGUGACAGAAGAAAAAGAUUUUCUGAAUUCCCUUUCCCCCGCGACGUCCUCCCCGUCCACUCCUUACUUACUGUUUUAUAAGAAAAUUAUAGAGUGAGUGUGUUUUCCUUGUGUACAUAAAACAGAUUUGGAUGAUCUUAUAAAUAGAGGUUGCAGCAAAGACUCCUUGAGGCGGCAGCUCGUUGGCCUUUGGAAGCUCCUGGGUUAUUAUUGGUCUCUAGUUUUUGUACGAAUAGUGAAAUCUGAAUGACUGGAAGUCCUGUUAAUUUUUAGAAUUCAUUUUCCAUGUUCACUAACCACUCUGCUGGAGACUAGCAAUACGUUAGCUUCUGAGGACAGAUUUGUGUAGGUUCUCGAACAGUUUGUCAAAAUAGAGUUCUUUAAAAACACUUUUUAAAGAAAGUUUUACAUCUGUCUCUUGUAUUGGCUUUUAAAAAUAAAGUGCUGUAUUUGUAUUUUCCAUA